CAUCUUCAACUCUUCCACCGAGUGUGAAUUAACAGUGAUGGCAAACGAGCGACUAACCCGUACGCACGGAAUAUCCAGGCUAUGUUACCAAGAGCAACAAAGAGGCUUUGGCCCAACAAAAGCAGCCUCGUAUGUAAUCAUGCUGUGUUUAUUAACACUUCCUAUUCAUUCUGAUCCUUGUCUCACCAAGAAAACUUGCUCGGAAUGUAUACAGACACCAGACUGUCUGUGGUGUUCUGACCCAACACUCAAUGGAACCCACCGAUGUUUCAACAGUUCUGUUGGCAUGGAGAUAUGUGCAGAUGAUUUCAUCUUCAACCCACAAAAUAAAAUUGUAGUAACAUCAGGAGAUGUUCUGAGCAGUUUCUCACCACAAAAGAUCUCUGCAGAGCUUAGAGCAAAUCAGAAGCAUUAUAUAAAUUUUACCUACGAAGUGCAGAAUUUGCCACUAGAUCUCUAUGUACUGAUGGAUCUGUCUGGCUCAAUGACUGAUGAUAAAGAUAAAUUAUCCAGCCUUCAGCAAUCACUAGAAGAAUUUAUGAACAACAUUACAUCAGAUUACAGAAUUGGAUUUGGCGCCUUUGUGGAUAAACCCACAGCACCAUACAUCAGGACACACGAGGACUGGAUAAAACAUCCAUGCAGAAAUCGAAGUGUCCCUUGUGAUCCAGCUUAUGAAUUCAGAAACCACUUGAGCCUACAAAAAAAUAUCACGUUGUUCACUGAAACAGUUCGAAAAGUGAACAUGUCUGGGAACUUUGAUGCUCCAGAAGGAACUUUGGAUGCAGUCCUCCAGGCUGUCACAUGCACAGAACGCAUCAAUUGGCGCAACAACUCUCGCAAGGUGGUGUUGGUAGCCACGGACAAUGGAUUCCACAUAGCUGGUGAUGGCAAGUUAGGAGGCAUCAUAAUUCCAAACGAUGGUGAAUGUCAUUUAGAUAGUGAAGGCUACUAUUCUAUGUCAGUAUCACAGGACUAUCCUUCAAUAUCUCUAAUUACUCAAAGAGUUCAAGAAGAAUCUGCUCAUGUAAUUUUUGCUGUGACAAGCAAUAGAAUUGAAGUGUAUCAAGAACUGGAGAAGUUAUUACUGGGAUCAAGAGUUGAAGUUUUAUUGGAGGAUUCUUCCAACAUAGUUACACUAUUGCAAAAUCAAUACAAUGAAAUUUCUGCAUCUGUUGAACUGAAAGAUGAUGCAGAGUAUGUAUCUGUAACAUACAAUCCGAAAGGACCAGAUGGAAGUGUGUCAGAAGGUAAUAAAAUAUCAAUGCUGAAGAGUGGUGAUAUAAUCAAUGUCACAGCAGAAAUUAUUGUGAAAGACCCACCAAAUAUGAAUGAUUUAAUGUGGAAAGAAAAUUUUCAUAUAAUGGCAGUUGGUAUAAGGGACAGCAUUGCAGUGGAUUUACAAGUGUUCACUGACUGCCCUUGCAGUAAGGAAAAGAAGCCUAAUGCCUCUGAAUGCAAUGAAAUGGGAACUCUUGUAUGUGGGAACUGUGCAUGCAAUUCAGGUAGAUUUGGAGAAAGGUGUGAAUGCAAUGGUACAGAUAUUUUAGAUGAUGAAGAAGUUUGUCGUAGCAGCAACUCCUCUGAAAUUUGUUCAGGACGAGGACGAUGCAUUUGUGGAAAGUGUUACUGUGAAGAAAAAGAGGGUGUUAGUGGUGACUAUUGUGAAUGUGAUGACUUUUCCUGUGAGGUGGUUAAUGGUAAGAUAUGUUCAGGCCAUGGCAGUUGUAAAUGUGGUACAUGCAUUUGUGUGUUGCCAUGGACAGGAAAAGCAUGCCAGUGUUACAAUAACACUGAUUUAUGCAAAUCACCAAUAACUGGAAAAGAAUGUUCAGGCAAUGGUCACUGUGAGUGUGGCAAAUGUGUGUGUAAGACUACAGAUGGACUUCCAUAUUCGGGAGAUUUUUGUGAAAAGGACCCUGUUAGUGGUUCCAAAUGUGAUACUCUAAGGGAUUGUGUUAAAUGCAUGGUUGACAAUGAAGGAAUCAAGGAUCGGUGUGUAAACUGCAACUUCACUUUCACACUGACAGAGAGUGUUGAAGUCAAUGAAGAAAAUAAUGAGGUCCAGUGCUUCAUAGAAGAUGAAUGCAAACGUUCAUUUGUGUACUACACAAAUGAAAUGAAUGGGGAAGUAGUGGUACGAGCAUCGAGGAAUGAAAUCUGUCCUCAGAGGGCCAACAUAGCUUUGAUAUCUGGAAUUUUUCUUGGAGCAACUCUCCUGCUGGGAAUCAUAUGUCUCAUUAUAUGGAAGUUGGUGACCAACUAUUAUGAUCAAGUGCAGUAUGCAAAAUUUGAAGAAGAAGCAAAAAGAGCCAGAAUGAAUGCAAUGGAGAGUCCUCUCUACAAACCAGCAACAUCAACCUACAGGAACCCACUGUACCAUAAGCAGGCUGACAGUUAACUUACUCUAUAUGUAAUACAAUAACUCUCUCUCU